AUGAAGAACAAUUACAUCAGGAAGGUACCCCAACCCACCAAGGCACGAUUCAGCAAUGCAAAAAGCGAUAACAAAAGUGAGGAAGAGAGCCGUCAACCUAGGUGCCACUGGUUAUUUGAGAAAAGUGAGAACAGGAAAGGGAAGAUCGUGCCGGAGUCCACGAUAAUGAAGAAGAGCCAUCUGAGAACCAAGAUGAACUCUCAAGCCCAAGAAUUUGAGUGCGACGAUGAUGAUAUACCUUUAUCUAAAAAAAUGAAUGCUUGUGUUAGUAAGCAAAAAAUCAGCAUGAAAGAUUGGGUAAAGGAUCUGGAUUCGAAUGAUGAUGAAGCCGAGAGUGACAGCGAGAGUGUAGCAGGUUAUCAUGUUAAAUGCUUUGACUUGUUUGGAAAAUACAAGAGCACGAAAAAAAAGAAUGUGCCAAAGUCAGGACCGAUACAGGAGAGUUAUCCGAUAGUUAUCCGAGAGUUAAUGCGAAGUUCAAGCCCUGAAAGCUGA